CGAUUUGAUGUGUCAGCUUGGUUGUGUCUUGACUUCGCUAAGUUAUCAGUUUAAAAUGUAUUAAAAGUGUCUUGUUUUACCCUAUUAUAAUACAGCAGCAUGGACGGUUUAGCUAGAGCGCAAGGUGACCAGAUUCAGUUGAUUGAUACAGACGCUAAAUCUAAACUGCCCAAGUCGGUUUCAUCUGACAGUCCCAGCGAUGAACCUGUUGGAGCAGAGUUGUCUUCCUUGCAUGCUGCACAGACACCAACCAGUAGCAAGAAAAAAAUUUUGGGGACCAAGUCAUUCAGUCUGCGUAUUAUCAUCAUACUGAAUGUCGUGUUUGCUGUCUGCAUCACAGUCCCACUCAUUCUAACCAUCUACCUCUUACCACCACAGAUCGGUUCUACUGGGGCUGUAGCUACUGAUGUGCCAGUCUGCUCGGAAGUUGGCCUCGACAUACUAAAGAAAGGCGGAAAUGCCGUGGAUGCCGCCAUCGCAGCGAUGUUUUGUCUCAGUGUAGUUCACCCACAUAACUCAGGUUUUGGCGGUGGUGGCUUCAUGCUAGUCCACGAUCACAAGGUUCAGAAGUCAAAAGCGUACGAUUUCCGCGAGACCGCCCCUGCCGCUGCUACUUCAGACAUGUUUCCUGACAAACAAUCCGUCUACUAUUCUGGGAAAUCUGUGGCGACACCUGGAUGGCUGAAGGGCUUAUGGCAGGUACAGAAGAACGAAGGGAAAUUGGCCUGGGAAAGCCUGAUUGAACCAGCAAUAGACAUAGCUAACAAUGGUUUCAAUGUCACUGCGGAUUUGGCUAAAGUCUUGAGAACCAAGGUUGAUGUGUCCGGAUUUCCACCCCUACUGAAGAAAUGGUUUGUGCCGGGGGGUCAACUGGUCAAGGAGGGAGACUGGAUUACACUGGAGGAACUGGGAACUACUCUCCAAGCCGUGGCCGAGGGUGGGCCGCAGGUUUUCUAUAACGGACAGUUGACAGACAGCAUUGUUUCUGCAAUAAGCAAAGCUGCUGGUGUUAUGACAGCCGAUGAUCUUCACAGCUACUCCAUUGUGACGCGUGACGUCAUCACAACAUCUUUCCAAAAAAGUAUUGUUGCCACGAUGCCAGCCCCUUCCUCCGGCCCGGCUCUGCUGCUGAUGCUGAACAUUCUUGAUGGUUACAACUGGACGAAGAAAGAGGUCAACAAAUCGCUGACCUACCAGCAUAUGGUGGAGGCCUUCAAGUUUGCCUAUGCCCAGAGAACUCUGCUGGGUGAUCCAGAAUUCAGCAAGGCCAUGUCAAACAUAUCUGAUGUCUUAAUAAGCAAAGGUUUUGCCAACAAGCUAAGAUCGAAGAUCAAUAACUCUAGCCACCCUUCGUCGUACUACGGGCCUGACCUGGAGCCGGUGUUUGACAAAGGGACGACUCACCUGUCUGUUGUCGACUCAGAGGAGAUCAUGGUGUCGGCUACUGCGACUCUGAAUUUAUUUUUUGGCUCUCAGAUCAUCACAGAUGGUGGGAUAAUACUGAACAACGAAAUGGCCGACUUCAGCAUUCCUAAGUUUAAUGCAGCACCAGGCUCCCAGCCUUACCCAAACAACCUGAUCGCCCCGGGGAAGAGACCGCUGAGUUCGAUGGUUCCCACCGUGGUGUACAGCAAGCGCUCUCCGUGUUCUCUCCGGAUGGUGGUCGGCGCUUCCAACGGAACGAGGAUUAUUACAGGUGUCGCUGAAACUAUCAUGAAUGCGUUCGUGUUUGGACUCAACCUGACAGAAUCCAUAGAGAGGCCGCGUCUUCACAACAUGUGGCAUCCAAAUCAUACAGAGUACGAAAAUUAUACUGAAGUUGUUGAUGGAGUUGAAAUGAAGAAACUGUUCCCGCCCCACAUUGUGAGUGAUCUGAUGAAGUUGGGUCAGACAAUGAUGCCGGUGUCGGAGGGGCUGUGUGCUGUCCAGGCCGUCAUGAAGAAUAACGACAACAUCUACGCUCACUCUGACUCACGGAAACACGGGAAAGCUGCUUGGUUUGGUCCAUAGACCAGUGGCGAAUCCAGAAAAUCCAUUAUGGGGGGCCCAGUGACAUGAGGUGGAAUACAAGGGAACUUUGGGGGAGGUUUGGAGGGGGAUAAAAAAAAAUGAAAUUAAUAUAUAAUAAAAUUAUAACUAUAGCAAAAUUUAGUGUGUGGGCAUGGGGUGGUACCCUGGGCCACUCCCCUAGAUCUGCCUCUGUAGA